AUGAGCCUCGACACCGUAGAUACUAUUAAGGUAAGCAUAAUAAAAGUUCUCAUGAAUUGGGGCAGCUUAUCUAAGUUAGGGGUUGGAGAAAUUGAUUUUGUGUUGUGCAGUUCUAGAUUUUAUCAAACUAGGCUCAUGAAUUUUAUGAGGAAUCUUGAAGUUGGUAUUCCUUCCCUUCUUGAAGAUGGAAUCAAUUUUCUUGUUUGUAUCGGAGAAUAUGUUAUACUUGAGGUCAAAAUAUUGCACCAAUUUUAUUCGGUUAAGAGGCAAAAAGUGUCGAUGAAUAAUGAUCAACAUGUGCAAUCACUGUGUAGAAAAGGGUGGGGAACAAAUAAAGGCCAAAUGAUAUCUAUACUGACUCAUGAAAAUGCAGCCCAAUGUAAGUCAAUUCGUGAAACUUAUGCUCAAAUACAUAGAGAAAAUCUUCUUAAACAUUUAGAUAGAGAACUUUCAAGUGAUUUUGAGAAAGAUGUGUUGUUGUGGAAAUUGCCUCCACAAGAUCUCCACACGAAAUUGGCAAGGCAAAUUUCAUUAUGA